AUGACUCCGUCAAUAGCAUCGGCAGCUACCCAAACCAUCGCCACCAUCGCCUUUGGCAUUGUCGCCACACUGAUCAGUGCCCUCACCGUCUGGCAAGGCCGCAGAGCCUGGCGAAGACUGUACGGACGGCAGAGCGAGCGAAACGCCGAGUCCGACGUCGAGUCACAAACCAGCAUUGAACUCGAAGCGCGUCCCUCUUAUCCCCAUGUCUUCGAGCUUCCGGCAACGCCAUUCACGGACGUGGAAGAGACUGGGCUUCUCGAAUCGCCUGCAGCUUUUGCUCCAUCCGCAGCACCGACCACGACUACAGUUGCGCUGGCUUAG